CACGAGAACAUCACAACUCAUUUGCGUAUUUCCCGGCGUUUUAUCACAAGACGCGCACUUGGCCUUGAGCUCGCACAGAGCACGUACGCAAAGCAUUCGACAAACUUUUGUAACGAACUUUUACAUCGCUUCGCAAUUUCGACUUCUGUUCAGAGAAACCUAGUUUGCGCGUUCACAAUGAAUUCUUUCGUGCUGCUUUGCGCGUGUUUUAUUUCGGUGGCUUACAGUGCUAGCUUACUAGGAAGCGAAGCCGAUUGGGAAGCUUUCAAGAUUAAAUAUGGCAAGCGAUACGAGCACCAUGAAGACGCGUAUCGCAAAGAAAUUUGGAGAACCAAUUUACAGGUUAGUGCGCAACUCGUUUCUAAAUGGUUUUAAUGUUUUGUAAUGGGGGUGAAUAUUAUUUUGGAAGAUUAACUUGUCUCUUCUUGCGACUGACGUUUAAUCUUUUCAGUCGAUUGAGAUUAUAUACGUCCUCAUAUUUUUACCUAAUUUAUUAGUGAAAAUAAACAGAGCUUUCUAGGUUAAAGAUUCAGAAUUCAUUUCAAUGUUCAUUCGUUUUAUAUAAGCAUAAAAACAAGCUUGAAAAGGGCGUCAUUCAGCCACGAAAUGUUCCAUUGUCUUCUCAUGCAAUUCCACUGUUCUCCGUGCUAUCAAUCAUUCAUUGUUUUGACAUAUUUUAUGUGAUAAAGAUAUUAACAUCAAGUAUUCUGAAAAAAGAAUAAAUAAUUAAACACCCAUAUCCCGAAAAUCAAAUUACAAAAAUUAUAUUAGCUUCACUUGAUCGUGCUUUAAUUUUCAAAAAUAUUUUCAUACUGGUCUCGACUUAAUUAGUUUCAUUUUCCUCCAUAAUUUGUUUUUCUUUACAGUAAGUAUAAAUAUACAAACCAAACAAUUUGGAAUUAAAUAAACAUGUAUUUUGCAAGUUGGGACACAGUUCGCCAACAAGUCGUUGAAACAAAAGAUAAUUAUCUAUAUUAGGUCGAGCGGUACACUGGUAUUCGCAUUUGGACUCCCCGCGGAUCUGGGUCCCCCUGUCCAUAUACCCCCUUCGGUGGAAUUGGGCCCCCUAAAAUUCACAGAAAGUAGAAAUUUUUCGAUUUAAGAAUUAAUUCUACGAGUACUGUGGACUAUCUAUGAUGAAAUUAUAGAUAAUAUAUCUAUUCUCGAGAUCAAUAUAACCACCUGUGCGUAAAAGUCUAACGAUAUUAUAGUCGAAAUUAAAGUAACCUCAAACUGGGAUCAAACAUUUACGUUAUUUUCAUUUUCCGUUUCUAUUUGAGCAGUUAAGCGUCAGAGCAGAUAGGAAUUCCAAGGAGUAAAAUACUUGUGAAGACUUCGUGCGCUCUCGCACAUUCCAAGAUCAUAGUAAUAAACCCAUGUUCUGAUGCUAUACCGAUUAGAUUAUCUUUUCAUUUAGAUUGAAAAAAAGUUCACAAACAAAUAAUAGAAAGACACUUAGACAUAAUAUAUAAUGGACUACGGGAAGCAAAUAAGCAAAUACAGUUUAUAGCGGCGUUGCCCUCUUUCCGCUCAACGAAGCCUGUUGCUGUAGCUCGAGGCAGGAAUUUACUUAGAUUUGCGCGCUGCAUGGAACGGGUUUUACUUGGGGGGGGGGGGGAUUUUCAGUUGCGUUGGGUACCGUAGGUUUAUUUCAUCAGAGACCUUACGAUUUUAGGACGGCAACGGCUACCAAUACAAUAAAUCAUUGAAAAGAAUUGAAUAAUUACAAUAUAUGAAUAAUUUAGACAUUGUCCUCGCUCUGUUUACAACGCCAAAUCACAGAUUUUCACGUCUUGAUACAACGGCUGCAUUCCAAGACGCAACAAGUGCAACUUCAAACUGAGUUUAGCAGAACUCUUCCCAACCAUAAAAGUUAUAAAACCCAUGUCUUCAACUUCUCUAAGACUGUAUUAAAUUCAUACGAUUGAUAAUAUACGACGAACUAUCUUUACUACCAUUUAUUUGAAGGAGUUUGUUUUGGCCGUCGCGUUGCCGUCCUAAAAUCGUAAGGUCUCUAUUUCAUCUAAGUGCAAACGAGACAUGCAAAACAUGAUAACAUAGAAAGAUAUUUAAAGUUAGGAGAGCUCCCGCAGAACAAUUUGAGUAAUUGAGGUGCGGAAAUGCCAUUCCUGCACUUUCUGGCAGCGAAAUGAAGAAUUUUGACAAUAACAAAUUGGGCAAAAAAUUGCCUCACGAAUGAUUUUGGUCAGUUUAUAUGACUUGGUGGGGUCUAAAACCGCCUGCAAAUUAGCAGAGUCAAACUACUUAGCGAUGGAAAAAGUUUACGGCUUCCCCAAGUAAACUGUGACGGGUGCUGAAACCCCACAGUUUCAAUUUUUACUUAAACUGCAUAUGACAUGAAAUUUCUUAUUUUCUUAAUUGAAAGAACACUUUAAGCUGUAGUGUAACUUAUUUUUCAGUUUCUUGUUUUCAUGGUUUGUUCCCGAGAUAUUUCAAUUUGUUUGAUAUGUAAAUGAGUGUGAAUAUGUCCGCUAAUUUAUGACGUCAUGUUGGUUGCAAGCUCAACUUACACUGGUUAUAAAUGUAUUAACUCUAAAAACUGUAGAUAUCUGUUCACGUUUUUCUACAGUGUUUCAUCACAUUUACCAGUGAGUGAAGUUUGAAAUUAUCAUCUUGGAUGAUAGCCGUGAUAUUCAACCAUUUUGAAGAGCUUGCAACCAACAUGACGUCAUAAAUUAGCGGACAUAUUCACACUCAUUUACAUAUCAAACAAAUUGAAAUAUCUCGGGAACAAACCAUAAAAACAAGAAACUGAAAAAUAAGUUACACUACAGCUUAAAGAGUUCUUUCAUUUAAGAAAAUAAGAAAUUUCAUGUCAUAUGCACUUUAAGCAGUAUUUCAAUGUUACUGUAGUAAUUUUUUUUCACCCUCUGAUCUUUUCUUGGGGGAGGGAUUUAGCAGUCCCCUACGGCAUCACCAAGCACUAACUUCCAUCUUAGCUCUGUGAAGUCUGUGAUCGGACACGAGUCGUAUGGUGGCUGCCACUAGGGGGCGCCCGCAGGCUUAACCCAGCGGCAAGGGACAGCACUGACCACAUCCAUCUCAACGCAUGGCAUUAAACUGAAGUCACGAAUAAAAAUUAUUUUGUUUAGAAAAUCGAGGAGCACAACAAUGCCGAGAAACCGCCCAGCUACACCUUGGCUAUGAACGAGCUCGGUGAUUUGACGACUAUUGAAUACCGGCUAUUGCUAUUGGGUACAAGAUAUCGACCAGAUCGAAGAGACAAUGGCACAACCUACUUGCCUGCGAGCAACUCGUUCUUACCAGACAAGGUCGAUUGGCGUGAUAAAGGCUACGUUACAGGAGUCAAAAAUCAAAGUAUGCUGCCUUACGUACAUUUAUACAGGGUGUAUCAAAAUAAACGCAAUUCAUCUUUUGUGCUUAAUAACUUUCGAAAUACUAUUUCUAGUUAAACGCUUUUAGGCUUACUUCAAAGCCUGUUCUUUUCUCUUUCAAACAAACUAUUAUCCUUGUCUCCAAUGCUAGUAAUAAUUGCACAGGAAAAGAUUUAGUAAAACCUAUCAUUUUUAGUUGCUGUUUAAUUAUGCAAGUUUACUAUGUUAAGCCUGCCGCACACGAGAGCUAUCUGCUGAGCAAAAAGUUACUCGUGCCUGUUAGCUCAGCCGAUAGCUCACCGUGUGCGGGUGCAUUUUACUGAGUUUUUUGCCUCAUGCAACCUUUUCUCACGUAUCAAACAUGUUUGAUCGGUGAGCUAUCAGCUGAGCUAACAGGCACGAGUAACUUUUUGCUCAGCAGAUAGCUCUCUUGUGCGGCAGGCUUUAUUGUUUAGUCGGUUUAAAUGUUAGAAUUUUCUUCUUUAAACUUUAAUGUUGUCGUCACUACAUCUGGAAAACCACGUAAGAACAAAUUAAACGUAUUUUAAAAGAGACCAGGUUGUUUGAAAAUCCUAAACGAAUGCUAAAAAUCGUCAAAACAUUCUGGUGUCUGAGUGUCAUCGAAUUGAGAUGUAAUGUAAACAGAAAUUAUAGCAAGUUGAUGUCAGUCAGCUUAGAUGGUCUAAGCCAAAAUUAUAUCGCAUUUGAAGUUUCAAACUGUGUUAAAAAUAGUGGCAGAAAAGCCGUAAUUAUACUUAUUGUUACAAUCCAUUUAUUAAAAUGCAACAUUUUUUUGUUUUAAUGAAAAAAUCAGUUAUUUUCAUGAGAACGAUUUGUUAUUCCAUCUCAAUUUUUUUAAUCUCCAAUCGCAAUAACGUAAAGUAUUAUUACACCGCGAACCAAUGAGUCAAAUUUAAGAAACAACCCACUGUUAGAAAGCUGAAUGGCUACGCUUUAAAAUGAAUGUAAACUUUAACGUUUUCGUCUAUUAUUUGUUUAGCAAUUUACAUUUCAGUCGAGGAUUGCGCUUUUUUUGAUACACCCUGUAUACACAAGCGGGCCGUAAGCUUAACCCUAGUUUAAUCUAAAUUUCAACUGAAGCAAAUUUACCAACAGCGCUAGGUUGUUUAUAAAUUUGGAAAUAUUUGUUUAGAAAUCUUGUCUGGAUCGGUAGGAGUUUUCUUUCCUGACGUUUUAAAAUAAGACACAUGAACUAAAACAGCAGGUUAAAUUUUAACCCAGGGUUCGUGCUAAUUGAACAGCAACUGAUAGAACUGUCCAGUACAAAUAAAGUAGUUUAGUUUACGUUUCCUCCUGUAGCAACACUGGAUCAAUAAGAGAUGAUCCUUACUGGACCUCUAGGAAGAACAGUCUACAACUGAUAGAGCUAUCCAGUAUAAAUAAAGUUAGUUUAGUUUACGUUUCCUCCUGUAGUAACACUGGAUCAAUAAGAGAUGAUUCUUACUGGACCUCUAGGAAGAACAGUUUACAACUGAUAGAGCUAUCCAGUAUAAAUAAAAUUAGUUUAGUUUAGGUUUCCUCCUGUAGUAACACUGGAUCAAUAAGAGAUGAUUCUUACUGGACCUCCAGGAAGAACAGUCUACAACUGAUAGAGCUAUCCAGUAUAAAUAAAGUUAGUUUAGUUUAGGUUUCCUCCUGUAGUAACACUGGAUCAAUAAGAGAUGAUCCUUACUGGACCUCUAGGAAGAACAGUUUAGAACUGGGAGAGCUAUUCAAUAUAGAUAAAGUUAAUUAAUUUAGUUUUGGUUACCUCCUGGAAUAUCACUGGAUCAAUAAGAGUUGAUCCUUACUGGACCUCUAGGGGUCUAGGGAGAACAGUUUAGAACUGGUAGAGCUAUUCAGUAUAAAUAAAGUUAGUUUAGUUUAGGUUUCCUUCUGGAGUAUCACUGGAUCAAUAAGAGAUGAUUUUUACUGGACCUUUAGGAGUCUAGGGCGAACAGUUUAGAACUGGUAGAGCUAUUCAGCAUAAAUAAAGUUAGUUUAAUUUAGGUUUCCUUCUGUAGUAACACUGGAUCAAUACUGGACCUCUGGGGAGAACAGUUUAGAACUGAUAGAGCUAUCCAGUAUAAAGAAAGUUAGUUUAGUUUAUUAGUUUAUGUAAAUGAUAAUAUUAUCGCAUAAUUUCAGAACAAUGUGGAUCUUGCUGGGCGUUCAGUACUACAGGAUCUCUAGAGGGACAGCAUUUUAAGAAAACAGGAAAGUUGGUUUCACUCAGUGAACAAAAUCUUGUCGACUGCUCUGGAAGCUAUGGAAACGAUGGCUGCGAAGGUGGUCUCAUGGAUGACGCUUUCAAUUACAUCAAAGCAAACGGUGGCAUCGAUACUGAAGCUAGCUAUCCUUAUAAAGCAAAGGAUGGGAAGUGCAAAUUCAGCAAAUCUAAUGUUGGCGCUACAUGCACUGGUAUACAUUUUUUAUGUUUUUAUCUAGUGUUAUGA